CUGAUGGCUACUACAAUGACAUCGUCUUAUUUCUUUUUCCUUAUUAUCUGCAUUAUCAUUAUCAUUUUGGCUAAUGGCGCUUCCUCCCAGACGAGCCCCGUUAAACCUCGGGGAUUAGCCAUCAAGCUCAUCCACUAUGAUUCUAUUCGAUCUCCAUAUUACAAUCCAAAGGCCACCAUCUCCGAGCGAGCUGAACGUGCCAUUAACAGUUCGCUCGCCCGCGUCCGCUCCUUGAGCAAAAUAAUCGCUAUUCCAAAUGAAGACGACUUUCGCGCCCCUCUUAUCCCCGCCAAUGGCGCCUACGGGUUCCUCGCCAAUAUAUCCAUCGGUACGCCGCCAGCCCCGCAACUCAUGCAUAUCGACACCGGAAGCGACCUCUUUUGGUUUCAGUGCCUACCCUGCACCGAUUGUGUCAAACAAUCUCUUCCUCUUUUCGACCCCGCCCAAUCAUCCACAUACUCCAAUAUUCCUUGCGGUGCCAUUAGAUGUUUCGAAUCUGGUAACAAGUGCGAUUCUCAACUUCAGCAUUGCGUUUAUGAGAGGUAUUAUCUUGACAAUAGCUCCACAGCCGGCAACCUCGCCUCCGAACAAGCGACCUUUGAGACAUCCGACGAGGGCACGGUAAAGCUACCCAUUGAGGUGUUCGGAUGUGGCCACGUAAAUAAAAACUUUGUGACUACGCAAGAAAGCGGGGUAUUAGGACUAAGCUAUGGUUAUGGUAAUGUGCCAACUCUGGUUAGCCAAUUAGGCUCCAAAUUUUCCUACUGCAUCGGCAACAUACACGACCCCCAGAAUCAAGACAGUCAUCUCAUCUUGGGAGAUGGGGCAAUCAUGGAAGGCGAUCCUACGACCAUGCUGCUUGACAAGGGUUUUUACUUCGUGGAACUCCAAGGUAUAAGCGUCAGAGAGAAGAAGCUACAGAUUGACCCCGAGGUGUUCAAAAGAGGGCCUUCGGGUGGAGGAGUGCUUAUAGACUCGGGAACCACCUUCACGUACCUGAAGGCAGAAGGGUACGUUCCGUUGCAAAACGAGGUCGAGAAUUUGAUGUUGGGACAUCUGAACAAGGUGAGUCAUUCGCGGUUCUUGUGCUUCUCAGGGAGAGUGGAGAGAGAUUUGGAAGGAUUCCCGGUCGUCACCUUGCUAUUCUCGGGCGGCGCACAACUCAGCUUGGACACCAACAGCCUGUUUUUCCAGUUAACGUCGGACGUCUUGUGCAUGUCCAUCCUUCCGAUAACUCCCGCAAUGGAUGGCGAAUCCAUGAUUGGAGUGUUGGCGCAACAAUCCUAUAACGUAGGGUACGACAUCAAACAGGGCAAGAUUUUCUUCCAAAGGAUGGACUGUCGUCUUCUCGAAUCACUUGUAUGAUCACACGUUGAUUAAAAAAAAUCCGAUUUAUUCCGUAUUUUCUUGAGUAAAAAAUAAAUACAUGAAUAUGAAAGACUUUUCUUGAG